AUGAGACCUCAAAAGGAUAUAGAAAAGCAGCCCUUAGUUGCUCAUCAGCAGCCUAGCCUUCUCGACGUGAAGGAACUGGGCUCCAGGACAGUUCUCAUCAUCCUAUACUAUGCGUUCUGCUCAUCACUUAUGUUGGUUAUUAACAAGCUUGCGAUUCACCAUGUCCCCGCGCCAGCAUUCAUCCUCUGCUGCCAACUUGGCGUGUCCGUCGCCGCUGUACUAGUAGGGAGUGCCGCAGGCUGGCUCGUCGCAGACAAGCUGGAAUGGGAUAAGCUUCUAAAGUUUGUGUGGGUUGUGAUCGGAUUCCUGGGGACCCUUGUGGCCAACAUCAAGGUGCUUCAGAACGCCAACGUGGAGACCUUCAUCACCUUCCGAUCAUCCACACCCCUGGUUCUAUCUGUCUGUGAUUAUUUGUGGCUUGGACGCGCAUUCCCGAACGCCCGGUCAUGGGCAUGCUUGGUGGUGCUGCUGCUGGGAUCUGCGGGCUACGUCCUCGUCGACGCGAACUUUAAGUUAACAGCGUACUUUUGGUUGAUCCUUUGGUACGGAUUCUUCACCUUUGACACAGUGUACGUCAAACAUAUGUGCGACACUGUCAAGAUGACGAAUUGGGGCCGGGUGUACUACACAAACUUCUUGGCCUUUGUGCCCCUCUUCAUGGCCCUGCCGUUUUUGAACGAGCCCGGCGUUCUGAUGAACCUGGAAUGGAGCUUCGGUGCCAUUGCGACCCUAACAACAUCCUGCGUUCUGGGUGUGGCCAUGUCCCACGCGUCAUAUCUAUUGCGAGAAGCCGUGUCGGCGACACUGUUCACCAUUGUAGGCAUCAUCUGCAAGGUCGUCACUGUAAUAAUCAACAUCAUGAUUUGGGACAAGCACGCUUCUCCCACUGGCAUCGCUUUUCUUCUUGUCUGCGUAUUUGCCGGCACCUUCUAUGAGCAGGCACCCAAGAGGAAUAAGCAGCAGCAGCCACAACAGCAGGAGGCAAUUCCAUUGGUGGCGAGGACUAAUGCUGCGUCAUGAUUGCCUCCACUGUAUCUAAUAACUACUGGCUCGGCUGUGGGGGGGAGAAGCACGCUCACAACCAGGCCAUGUAUUGUAAUGGGAGACUUAAAGCCAGGCAGGCCGAAAUCGAUAGCAGCUACACGUGACCGGAUUCGUUCGCUGGAUUGCCAAAAGCAUGCAGGGGUUAAAUGGACAGGAAUGACCAUCCAUGAAGGCUGGCAGCGGCUGGUAGCCUGAUUGAUUCACUGUUAUAAUAGCUGAUCCUCCCUUUCUGCUGUUUUAAUUCUGCUCUUUCGGUGUUGAUCGUGUUUUCCUUUCCUCCGUAUUGGUUAAAUAAACUUGCUUUCGUUGUAUGCUCAACCAGUAAUGGUCCGUGACCAUUUCCCCACCUACAGUUAGUUAGUGCUGCUGUUUGCUGCUGCUGUUUGCUGCUUCAAGGAAACACAUGUUUCACCACGUUUCCUGCAUUGCGGGGGGAGUUAGUGCUCUGACUGCCAUGUCUUAUCAUCUCGCUGCUGAUUUGAGGAUGCCGGAUUCCCCCAUCUGCCACGACAAGGCAAUGCCAGGCAAGCGUGUAUCUACUGCGCUGCGCUUGUUUCUUUGCAUCUUCAUUCUUUUUCCAACAAAGCGGAUGUACAUCGAUCACGAUC